CGUCGUCACCCUAACGACGCCGCCGUGGCGGGGAGCGGAGCCCGCGGCGUAACCCUAACGCCGCCACGAGCGGCCAUCCAUGGCUUCCUGCGACGACGACUUCGGCCUCCUCGGUGACGACGCCCACCACCCGGCUCCCCCGCCCCAGCCUCCCGCCGCCCAACAGUCCGCUCCGACGCUCUGCUUCGCUGACGCGGCAGCGGCCGCUGCCGCUGCGGCGGGAGCCGUCGCCGGCCCCUUCGCACCGGCCCAGGAGGAAAGCAACCACCACCCCGAGCGCGGCAAGGCAGCGCACCACGCCAAGCGGGGCAGGGAGCGCGCGGAGGAGUUCAGCAGCGAUGGAGGCGAGUACUGCUCCUACAUCAACAGCAGCGGUGGCGGGGGGAAGAAGGGCCGCGGCGGCGGUGGCGGAGGGAGCUCGGGCGCGUCGGACUACCGGAAGGAUCGGGAGGAGUGGACGGACGGCGCCAUCUGCAGCCUCCUCGACGCGUACACGGAGCGGUUCGAGCAGCUCAACCGGGGGAACCUGCGGGGGCGGGACUGGGAAGACGUCGCCGGCGCCGUGACCGACGGGCAGGGCAAGGCUAGCGGGGCCAAGAGCGUGGAGCAAUGUAAGAACAAGAUCGACAACCUCAAGAAGCGCUACAAGGUGGAGUGCCAGCGGCUCGCCGGCUCUGGCGCCGGCACCGUCAGCCACUGGCCCUGGUUCAGGAAGAUGGAGCAGAUCGUCGGAAACUCCGCGUCUCCUGCCUCCUCCAAGCCGCUUGCUGCUGUCGACGAUGACAAGCCGAGGCAACAGCAGCAGCACAGCAACAAAAGGCAUCCUCUUUCAAGCACUGGCCCUCCUACUGUGGCCGGCGGCUCCAGAGCGACCCCUCUCUCAAAUCCAAAAUGGAAGAGGGUACUUCUGAAGAUCGGGGGAACUGCACUGGCAGGAGCAGCCCCUCAAAAUGUUGACCCCAAGGUGAUUAUGCUAAUUGCUAGAGAAGUUCAAGUGGCGUGCCAUCGUGGUGUUGAGGUGGCAAUUGUGGUGGGAGGACGGAAUAUAUUCUGUGGUGAAGAUUGGGUAGCAGCAACAGGCACUGAUAGAGCUUCAACAUACCCAGUCGGAAUGAUGGCAUCCGUGAUGAAUUCAGUACUACUUCAAGCAUCACUAGAAAAAAUAGGCGUGGAGACACGAGUCCAGACUGCAUUGACGAUGCAAGAAGUUGCAGAACCAUAUGUUAGGCGGCGAGCCAUAAGCCAUCUUGAAAAAGGAAGGGUUGUUAUCUUCGGUGGGAUCGGUGUUGGCAUAGGGAAUCCACUUUUCACAACUGAUACAGCUGCUGCUUUAAGAGCAUCUGAAAUCAAUGCAGAUGUUGUCCUCAAAGGUAUUGUUGGUGAUGAUGAAUAUGGUUGUCCUCCUAGGAGCAGUAGCAAUGCACCAUUUGAGCACAUCUCGUUUAGGGAGUUAGCAGCAAGAGGAUUCAGCAGAAUGGACAUGACAGCAGUUACGUGUUGCGAGGAGAACAACAUUCCUGUUAUCAUCUUUAACAUGUUAGAGCCUGGUAACAUCUCCAGAGCGAUUUGUGGGGACCAAAUAGGCACCUUAGUUGACCAGUCAGGAAGGAUCACUUAAAUUAUGAGGAUCCCAUUAAUGUGAAUGAAUCAAAGAUGGAACUCCUCUCCAGAACUUUCAACUGUCAUAUUCUGGGGGCAUCAUGCAUGUUCUUUGUUUGCAUGGAUUUUUCUGGAUAGAAGAGGGGAAGCUUGUUAAUCAGACAGAAGCUACCUGUAUUUACCUGGGAUCCUUGUUGUGUAAUAUGUGAUGUGAUGGCAAUUGCCCGCAUCAAAAAGCAUUUAUUUGUAAUAUCUGUUUGUAAUGUGAUCUGUAGAUGAGUCGUAGGGCUUGUGUAAAGUGGUUGCGGGUACCCAGAUCAGAAUGUAGUGUUGUAGGUUGUAAUGCUAUUGUUUGAGUUGUAGUGUUGUAUUUGAAAAGAAAAUUGUUAAGUCUCCGUUUGCAGGAUUAAACGCCCCUGUGCCCUACCAGCAAUCAAUCACGUUUUCUUCUAUAAUGAUAAUAUAAUAGAUAAUACUAAUAGCUAUCGUGAAUACAAAUCUUCUGUAGCAUUGAUUUUAAUGAACAUAAAUGGAAGAUUGUCUUCUCUA